AUGUUCAUAUGUUCCAGGAAAAAAGGUGAAAGUCAAGAAAAUGAAUUCAAGGAUGCUACAUCUCUUUGUUUACCUAUUAUAAAUGCAGCCAUAAAAGAUGUAGAAAAUGGGACUUUCCCCAAAAGCUCUUCCUUACAUAUCACUGUUCCUUCUUCCCUUUUAGAAAACAAAGGUUUUAAGUUUACAAAGCAGAGUUUAUGGAGGUCAAAACUGGUAUGGCAAGCGAUUGUAGCCAAUAGGAACCCUUCAGCUGCAAGGUUUAUGUCAAAUCAACCAGGCAUGAGUUUGCAACUUGCACAACUUGGUCGAGAUGCAUCUGCAGCAGUGUCAGUUCCUCCCAUAUCUGUAUCUCAUAUGAUUGAGGCAGAUAUUGAAAAAUAA